UGGUGUGUUCGUUUCACGGUAAAUUCGAAACUAACUACAUUAUUAUUCACAAAAAUUGUGUUUGAUUUGUUUAUCGUAAAAUGAAUAAACCAUUUUUUCACUGAAAAUGUGGGUAACCGCACUUUAAGCGAGCAACCUAUUUGAGAAAAGUUGACUAGUAUGAUAAUGUGGUUAUUGUAAAUUUAUGAAAGUUGAGCUCAUCCUUUCUUAAAAAAUUUAUUCAACAGGGUAAAAACAGAAAGGAAGAUAGCUAAUUAGCCACCUUUGAAUUGAUAAUGAUUAAUUAUGGGCUAACUUUUUCAUUAAGACUUCGGCAAUAAUUACUGUUUCAGCUAAACAUUGUCAUCAAAUUAAAUCAUGUAACAUACUAACAUCAUGUGUAAUUUACUCUAGACGAAUCAGUAUCGCUUAUGCUUCGUAUAACUUGAUUGAGAUGAAUCAUAUAACAUCAAAGAUUUGAUUUAGUUUUUGGUCCCUUGGAACUAACUACCUUAUAAACAAUUGAAUCCGAUCCUACAAAAAGUCCAAACAAACGUUAUAGCUAGUAAUAUCGAAUGUUGACAAGAAGUAAAUGCUAAAGAGAAUAUGUUAAUUAUCGGCACUGUUUAAGCUAAUAUCACGUGGAGAAAAGCAUGUGCCUUUUGAACAUAUGAUUAAAUGCAAAGUCAACUAUUAAAUCCUUUUGACCGUACUCUAAUUUGCACGACACCACCUUUGUUUCUUCUUCCUAAUAAUUGCAUUGCUGUGAAAAACAUUUGCCUUAAUUUUCUUAAUAUAGGAAGUUAGGAACUUGUAACUAUCUAACACACAAUUUUAAAAACUCAUUUUUUGUAAUGCGUCGCCAUUUCCAAUAUCAUAACACAGAGCUCUGAUCCUAACAGUCAAAUGUAAAUGUCCGUACAGAAUUUUAUUUAUUUCAUAGUACAAAAACUAAAAUGAUUAAUUUUUUCUUGGUUUGGUAAAUUCCAUCUCCCCUGACCAAUUUUGUAAUCUUGGAUUGUCUCUCUCCAAUGAACCUUCGCGCAGACAUAAACAGCUCACUUCCAUUAUUAUUACAAUUUUUAUUCAUUCUUAAAAAAAAAACAAAACAGGAAGUGCAUUCAUUAACAUGUCUACUCAAUCACCUCUCAGAUCAAUUCUUCUUCUUCCUCAACCUUCUUCAAUCAUCUCUCCAAAACAUUUAUCAACUAAAACCCAAAAAUGCAACCCAAUUCCCACUUCUUCUUCUUCACCAUUUCAUCAUUCAUCGUCACAGUUUCUGGGUAUGGCUCAACAGGCACAAUCGCAGCAGCUUUUGGCGAAAACGGAUUCUUCUGCGCCAUUGACGCAAGUGGGAAGCAAGAAGCCAUCUGUUGGGAUAGAGGAAACACUAACCGAUCUUUAAACCGACCACCCGGUGAAAUCUCCGGUUAUUCUCCUCCAAUGACUUCACUUUCCGGUGGUGAAGGUUUUCUCUGCGCCAUUACGUCGAACACUUCGCGUGCGUUUUGUUGGAACCUUGAAGAUCCUUCUGAGAAUCUCGUUCCUCGAGCUUUUCAGUAUAAUUCUUACUUACAGAUUGCUUCUGGUAGCAAUCAUGUUUGUGCUAUAAGUGGAUUGUACUAUUCAGGUCCUGAUUAUGGUCCUGUUCAUUGUUGGGAGUAUAGUGAUAACACUAAUUUCACUUCUGGUCUUCUUUGGAAUUCUUCUUUUCAUAAUCCUUAUAUAGAUAGUCUCAUGUUUCGUAAGAUUGUUUCUGGAGAUGGGUUUUCUUGUGGUGUUACUAAAGAUGGAGACUUGGUUUGUUGGGGACCAAAAUCAAACCUUUUGAAUUUCUCCAAUAAUGAAGAAUUCGAGGUUUUAGCUUCUGGGAGGAACUCUGUUUGUGGUGUCUCUAAAGAUUCAGGUCAACUUCAAUGCUUUGGAGAUGAAACAGAGUUUGGUUUGUUACCGAACCGGCCUCGGUUUAUCGCGCUUUCAGCUGGUGCUAAUCAUUAUUGUGGUAUCCGUGAGGAUGAUCAUGGGGUUGAGUGUUGGGGAAGAAACUUGAAUUCUUCGUCGUCAGCUUCAGCUCCUAAUACUUCUGGGUUUGUGGCGAUUUCGUCUUCGGAUUCUACAACUUGUGGAGUUAGAGAGCUUGAUUUGGUUCUUGAUUGUUGGAGAGUUCAUGAUUCUUCGAAAGCGGAUUAUAGUCCUCCUUUGGAGUUAUGUAGCCCCGGGAUGUGUUCGCCUCGCGGUAAUUGUGGUGAUGGCUGGUUUGCUUUCAAUGCAAGUAUCUUGAAAGAAUCUGAACUCACUAGCUUGUGCUCGUUUCAUAACCUCAACAUUUGCUUACGCUGUGGAAUCAGUUGCUUGGAAGGCUAUUUUCCUUCCAGCACUUGUAAUCCAAAUGCGGACCGGGUCUGUACUCCUUGUUCACUAUGUCAGAACAGUUCUUGUUACGGUAUCUGCAAGAUUCGGGUUGCGAAAUCGAAAGAGCACGAGCAGAAAGAGCAGAGAGAGGUACGGAGAUUGGUGAUCAUCAUAGGGUGCUCUGUUUUAGGGUUCUUGGUGAUGUUGAUCGGUUUGUCUUUCAUUCCAAAGAUGACACAAGAUAGUAAAAGAGAUGAUGAAGAGAGAAGCAAAAUGACUUGUUGCUUCUGUUUCGAUAAGAAUUCUGUCGAAGCUGAUCCUGAUCCCGUCCCUCAGUCAGUUCUUCUACCAACCGCUGUAUCUCUCGGGGAGACCAAAAUCUUCCGUCUUUCGGAGCUCAAAGAUGCGACUCACGGGUUCAAAGAAUUCAACGAGCUCGGAAGAGGUAGCUUCGGGUUUGUCUACAAAGCUGUUUUGUCUGAUGGGAUACAUGUUGCGGUCAAAAGAGCGAAUGCUGCAACGAUCAUUCACUCUAAUAACCGAGGUUUCGAGUCGGAGCUAGAGAUUCUUUGCAAAAUCAGACACAACAAUAUUGUGAAUUUGUUAGGAUAUUGCUCGGAGAUGGGGGAACGGCUUUUGGUUUAUGAGUACAUGCCGCACGGUACGCUCCAUGAUCAUCUCCAUGGAGAUCUUUCACAACUGGAUUGGAGCAUGAGAUUGAAGAUCAUGUUGCAGGCUGCAAGAGGACUUGAUUACUUACACAACGAAGUAGAUCCUCCAAUAAUUCAUAGAGAUGUGAAAACGUCCAACAUCUUGUUAGACGGUGAAAUGUGCGCAAGAAUAGCGGAUUUCGGAUUGGUAAGCUCGAAUGAAAGGGAUUCAAGCAAUAGUGAUAGAGAAGGUGAUGUGUAUGACUUUGGUAUUGUGCUUCUUGAGAUACUAAGUGGGCGAAAAGCUAUCGAUAGAGAAUCUGAUCCUCCCGGGAUUGCGGAAUGGGCGGUUCCAUUGAUCAGAAAAGGAAAAGCAGCGGCGAUUAUCGAUAGGAACAUUGGUUUGCCAAGAAAUGUAGAGCCUUUGCUUAAAUUGGCUGAAUUAGCUGAGCUUGCUGUGAGGGAAAACCCCAACGAACGACCCAAUAUCAAAAAUAUUCUGAGUUUUCUUGAUCUCAUCGUCAAGUCUGGACUCACCUUUUAGUUGCUGAAGCCUCUCAAAAUGUGAAAUAUAUUCAGCAUUGUUUUUAUUUCUCCUUAUAAAUUGUAUGAUAAAUUGAUUAUCAAAGUAAUAAACCCACAGAUUUGUUUGUCAAA